AUUUUACUGAGAUGAUGAGGGCGCUGGGGUAUCCUCGGCUGAUAUCCAUGGAGAAUUUCCACACCCCAAACUUCAUGCUCGUGUCAGAGGUGCUGCUGUGGCUGGUGAAAAGGUAUGAACCUCAGAGUGACAUUCCUGGGGACGUGGACACAGAGCAGGACAGAGUUUUCUUCAUUAAGGCCGUGGCUCAGUUCAUGGCUACCAAGGCUCACAUCAAGCUGAACACCAAGAAGCUGUACCAGGCUGAUGGCCACGCUGUGAAGGAGCUGCUCAAGGUGACCUCAGUGCUCUAUGGGGCCAUGAACAGCCAGGGAGGGGAGUGUGCUCAGCUCCCCGAGGAGGACAGCACCAAGUUCAAGUUUGAUCUGGGCUCCAAAAUUGCUGAUUUGAAGGCAGCCAGACAGCUUGCUUCUGAAAUCACCUCCAAAGGAGCAGUCCUGUAUGACUUACUUGGCAAAGAGGUGGAGCUGAGGGAAGCAAGGACAGAAUCUCUUGGCAGACCUUUGGAGAUAAAUGAAGCUGAGAAGGUGAUGAAAAUUGCCAUUAACAGCAUUCUGGAAGAAGUCCAAAAGACCAAAGACAUGUUGAAUAACGUGGCUUUGGAUGAAGCCAAUUUGGAAGCCAAGAUUGAAAAACGAAAAUUGGAGCUGGAAAGGAGCCAGAAGAGGCUGCAGACCCUGCAGAGUGUUCGGCCUGCUUUCAUGGAUGAGUAUGAGAAGAUUGAGGAGCAGCUGCAGAGGCAGUACAGCACUUACCUGGAGAAGUUCAGGAAUCUGACCUACAUGGAGCAGCUCCUGGAUGAUCACAGACGGACAGAGCAGGAGAUGUUUGAGGAAGCAGCCAACAUGCUACGUCUGAUCCAGAACAGGCUGAAGGAGGAGGAGCAGCACCUGCUCAAGAGUGGAGGUAAUGACGACUCUGACAUAGAAAUCCAGGAGGAUGAAGGCUCUGACAGCGAGGGGGAUUUGCAGAUCACGAGGCACCACAUCAGCACAGAACCUCUGCUGCCAGGAAGAGUUGGCACGCGGAUCGUGGGAUCAAUGCAAGGUGGAGACACAGAGGAGGAUGGGACCCCAGCCCCGGCACGGCCAGGCCGGCGCAAGGCUCAGGACGACUCAGGGGAUAGUGAGAUUGACCUGGAUGAAGAUGAAGAUGAGGAGGAGGAGGAUGAUCUGGAAGAUGACAGCAUGGAAAUCACCCCAGGCAAAUCCAGUCUCCGAGCCAGGAAGCCAGAGCCGCUGGAGCAAAGUGAUAAUGACUUCUGACCCUUCAGGAGCAGGAGGCCUCUUGAAGCAGCAGUUUUGGAGAGGCCAGGAGCUAAUACCCUGCUGUCUGAGAAGUGUGUGUCAGUGUGAACUCAGGAGUUGGUAAAUAAUGUUCAUUAAACCUGAAAAUUAAACUUGGAUUGCCAGGUUUGUGAAUCUCAAAGCAUGAGCAGUUUAUCCAUAAUGAGAAUCACAGUAAUGUGCACUUAUUUCCAUAAUUGCACUAAACUGGCUCUUGUGCACUGCAGUGCCAGAAGCCUCACUCCAGUGAGCAUCAUGUGCUUUAUUUCCCUGCAUUUUAUUAUGUCCAAAUAGAUUUCUUUGGCUUAAUAAAACUGGAUGAAAAGCUGC